AGGAGUGAUGCCAGGAAAGUAGAGCACACACACACACAACAGGAGGAGGAGAUAGAGAGAAACACACGCUCACAAAACAACAGCAAGCCAAAAGCAUCGCACUGACCUGCUGCUGAGACCAGGCAGGCGUGUCCAGGAGAGCAAAACCUGCCGGAGAGGGAAGCAGAGAAUUAUUACCUGACAAAGGAGAAAGAGAGGAACAUCUCCUCGUUCAAACACAAAUCCAAGAACAGCAGAGAUCUGACUCAUUAAUCCAAGAGAACAUGGGAGUUUGUAUUGCGGCGGUUGAUCUGGUAGAGAAAGAAACAGUUCAAGAAUAAGAUGCUUAAACUGCAUGGUGAGCCAAAACAAGAAGAAAGCAGUCCUAGUUUUCAACUCAAGGGACGGUGCUUCACCUAAAUUCUUCUUGCCAGAACCCUAUCGCUGUUUUAUAGCUUCCUACAGCAAAGACUUGGACAUACAUUGAUCUUGAGGAAGACCUCGGUGAACAUGGAAUCUCCAUUGGCCAACUACUCACAAAGCAUGGAGCAUGAGCAUUCCCGGGGAAGAACUCCAAGUGGCCAAAGUGCAUCCGCAGCUGGCCGUCGCAAGCGGGAGUUCAUCUCCAAUGAAAAGAAGGAUGCCAGUUACUGGGAGAAGAGGCGGAAAAACAAUGAAGCAGCCAAGAGAUCACGGGAAAAGAGACGCUUUCAUGACCUAGUGCUGGAAGGGAAGGUGGCAGCACUGGAUGAGGAAAAUGGACGCUUGAGGAAUGAAUUAUUCCAGCUGAAACUGCAAUAUGGGCUAAUUUCAGCUGCCUCUUUCAUUGAGGCGAGCCACGGACUUGGCAACCACAAGACUUCAGAUGGUGGAUCUUUGUUGUGCAACGCCAGGAACACAACCUACACAUCCCCAUACAUGAACUCAGACUCCUCAGAGGCAGACAGUGGAGGGGGUGCAGCCAUGGAUAGCUAUUCCCCGCAUGGGUCGCUGUCUGACCUCUCCGAUCAGUCUUCCCGGGAUAGUCCGGUGCCAACCACCUACGGUGAGGGGAGAGAGAUGGAAAAUGACUUUGCCAAUUUGUGCCCAGUGGAAAACAAUCAAUCCACAAGAUUAGCAGUGCCACGCGGAGGAGUAAUACUGUACCGAGUUGGUGGGCUUACGGUUGACCCCCAGCAAAGGCACAUUGUGGCUACAGAUGAAGAAAUGCUGAAACACCGGGCCUCAGAGUACAUUGCCCCAUUGCCACGCUCCUCCAUUUUUGCACAUGCGGACAGUUUUCAAACUGCUUACCAACACAUGGAGAAGUCCCCUGGGGUUCAAGUCUCCUCAGAACUUUUGUCUCCCAAAUCCCCUCAGUCAUGGUAUCAGAGUGAGGACAGUGGUAGUGACGAGGGGGGAUCCAACUGUUGCUCCUCGCAGUGCCCAACCUAUCAGGAGCCAGCGGCUGGCGUCAAACUGCCCCACAAAUUGAGGUUGAAGUGUCGAACACAUGGACAUGAGAGGUGGAGGUCAGAUAAUGGUCAAGGAGUUGAGGUGCAGAAUUAAUUAUCAGCCGGUACUGCUAUCCAGUUAAUGAAAGCAAAAAACAAAAGGCCUGGCCACCAAUCCCUUCUAUCACUAUCCGCAGAUGCCACUUUGUGACUGUUACUUUAAAGACUUAUGGCUGAUCCUUUAACUACUGUUACACUGCUGGGGGGGGGGGGGCAUAGUGUUACAGCCAUGGGGACUGGCACUAUUUCUGUAUAUAUAUUUGCUAUGUAUAUAUUUAAAUAAACAUGUUUAAACCUA